GGGCUCGCCCGGCGCCCCCCACCCUCCGUCCUGCCCCGCGGGCGUCCCGCACCAUGGCGCUGUCCUGGAGGAGCUGGCUGGCCAACGAGGGGAGCAAGCACCUCUUCCUGUUUUUCUGGCUCUCCCUCAAUGUAUGGCUCUUCGGGAAAACCUUCCUGCUUUAUAAUCAAGGGCUACAGUAUUAUUAUUUGCAUCAGAUGUUAGGGCUAGGAUUGUGUAUUAGCAGAGCUUCGGCAUCUGUCCUCAAUCUCAACUGCUGCCUGGUCCUGCUCCCCAUGUGCCGUGUUCUCUUGGCUUUCCUGCGGGGAUCCCAGAAGGUUGCCAGCAAGAAAACCAGAAGGCUGCUAGAUAAAAGCAAAACUUUCCAUGUGACAUGUGGUGUUACGAUAUGCAUCUUUUCAGUCUUACAUGUUGCUGCUCAUCUGGUGAAUGCUCUUAACUUCUCUGAGAAUUACAAUGAAGAAUUUGUGACCCUAAAUGCAGCAAACUAUCGUGGUGAGGACCCGAGGAAACUACUUUUUGCAACUAUUCCAGGUCUGACUGGAGUCAUUAUGGUGUUAGUAUUAUUCCUAAUGUGUACAGCUUCCACAUAUGCCAUCAGGGUUUCAAACUAUGACAUCUUCUGGUAUACACACAACCUUUUCUUUGUCUUCUAUAUGCUGCUGAUGCUGCAUGUUUCUGGGGGAGUGCUCAAGUACCAGACCAACUUAGUGGAACACCCUCCUGGUUGCUUUAAUCCUAACAAAACGCUCCGACAGAAUCUGACUGUGCCAAAGGCUUUUGGAGAGCUGUUUCCAGACUAUACUACUGAGCCUUUCCCAGAGGACCCACCAGUACCAGAACCCUUUGUACAAAAUAGCUUUACGAGAGUUUGUUCUGAGGAACCCAAGUUCCAGUCGCACUUCCCAGAGACCUGGUUCUGGAUUUCCGGACCGCUGUGCCUGUACUGUGUGGAGCGGCUGUACCGCUACAUCCGCAGCAACAAGCCAGUCACAAUCACCUCAGUGAUAAGCCACCCCUCCAACGUCCUUGAAGUCAGGAUGGUGAAAGAUGACUUUGAAGCAAGGCCUGGUCAGUAUGUUAUUCUCCACUGUCCGAGAGUGUCUGCCCUGGAAAGCCAUCCGUUCACUCUUACAAUGUGCCCUACAGAUACCAAAGCAACGUUUGGGGUCCACCUAAAAGUAGUAGGAGACUGGACAGAAAGAUUUCGGGAUUUACUGCUUCUGCAUUCAAAUCAAGAUACAGAGAUUCUGCCCAUCUUUCAGCAGAGACGCUAUCCCAAAUUGUAUGUGGAUGGACCUUUUGGAAGUCCCUUUGAGGAAUCCCUGAACUACGAGGUCAGCCUCUGCGUGGCAGGAGGAAUUGGGGUUACACCAUUUGCAUCUGUGCUCAACACAUUGCUUGAUGGCUGGAAAUGCUACAAGCUCAGAAGACUCUACUUCAUCUGGGUGUGCAGGGACAUUGAGUCUUUCCGCUGGUUUGCAGAUCUGCUCUGUAUGUUGCAUAACAAGCUUUGGCAGGAGAAUCGGCCAGACUAUAUAAAUAUCCAGCUGUACCUCAGUCAAACAGAUGGAAUACAGAAAAUAAUUGGUGAAAAAUAUCAAGCUUUAAACUCCAGGCUUUUGAUUGGACGACCCCGGUGGAAGCUCCUGUUUGAUGACAUAGCAAAGUGCAAUAGGAGGAAGACCAUUGGAGUUUUCUGCUGUGGACCAAACAAAAUCUCUAAGAUACUUCAUAAACUGAGCAACAGCAGCAACUCCUAUGGGACAAGAUCAGGUUGUGGUACAGUUCUUUGAAGAGAAAUGUCUGCUUAGUUUCCAAGUAGAACAGAAAGCAAAAUUGGCCCUGAGCUUUCAUUUGUGUAAGUUUUUCACCCAAGCUUGGCUUUAAGAAAAAGAAUACUGGGUUCAUGUCUAUAAGAAGUCAUACUCUUGCUGUGUGAAACAGCCCAUUUUGUAACUUCAGCUUGCUGCCCUCCAACACAGCGGAGGAACUGUGUGUCACUGACUGGAAAGACUUAAAUACGUCACUGUUGUACCUGCAUGCCUCAUAAACCUUCAAGGAGUAAGCAAUAAGCCUUCUGAAUCUGUUAGUUCCACUAAGACAAAGGAAAAUUUUUACCAGUUGUCUAUAUAAUGAGGCAGAACUAGAAAACUGAUCAUUAAAAAAGCCUUGGGUUUUUAUUUUCCUAUUUUUGGGGGUUUAUUUAUUCUUCUCUUUUUUAUGAGUCAGGAUCAGAACUCUUUUCCUCAGUGUGCUUUCCUUAGUUACACAGUGUUGUGAGGGUGGAUUAAAUCCAUUGGCUAAAAAAGGACUCAGACAAGGCUCCUGAUCUUUAUCCCAUGUUGUUACAGAGUUCCCCUACAAACCAGUCACUGUGCAGAAUUUUCAGAGUAACAAGAAGAAUUCGAAUUCACUGAGAUUUUUAUACCCAACUGCAUUAGGUUUCUUUUUAAAAUCCUGUCUUCUUUUUGCCUACCAGUAAAAUGGGGACAGCCACACCGGAAAAGAGUUUUGAUUUGCCUGGCAAAUAGUCCUUCAUUUAAAACUCAUUUUGUUAAAAUACAAAAUCCUGGUUGCAGUAUGAAAAGGAGGCUUCUUGCCCAAAAUACUCAUCUGAAUUAGCCAUUUUAUCUUAAUGGCAGACCUGACAACUAAACUAUUUGGCUGCUGAGUUCUUUUGCUGUUCAGAUGUUACUUUUACAUUCUGUUAUAUUAGCAGAUCAUUUUAAUGUGAUUUUAUGUCUUUUAUUGUAUUUGAGAAAGCACCAUAUGUUUAUACAUCAUGUAAUUAUGGCACUGUACUCUAAAA